UAUUAGUUUUUGGCAAUUGUGUAACUAAUAUUCUUCAACAAUGUCACACACUUCUUCUUCCAAAAUUCAAAAGUACGAUGCUUUUCUGAGUUUUAGAGGUGUAGAUAUACGUAGAACAUUUGUGAGUCAUCUCUAUAACGCUUUAAUACAAGGAAGAAUUAAUGUUUUCAAAGACGAUGAACGUCUAGAAACUGGAAAAUCAAUUUCUGAUGAACUACCAAAAGCCAUAGAAGAGUCUAAAUUUGCUAUAGUGAUAUUUUCUGAUAGUUAUGCAUCGUCAAAAUGGUGUUUAGACGAGCUUGCGCACAUCAUAAAGUGUCGAAAGGAAUUCGACCUAAUCGUAAUUCCUAUUUUCUAUAAUGUGGAUCCAUCAGAUGUGCGUCAUCAAACUCAAACUUUUGCUGAGUCUUUUUCCAAACAUGAGGAAAAAUAUAAAGAUGAUAUGGAGAAAAUUCAAAGAUGGAGGGAUGCUUUUGCGGAAUCUGGGAAAAUAUCGGGGUACCAUUUGCAAAAUUACAGGGAUGAGGCAGAUUGCAUAAAAAAGGUUGUUGACAAAUUAAUGUCAUUAUUACAUAUUGAAUCUGAUGACCAUUACAACGACGAUGUUUUAAAGGGACCUAAAUCUCCAAUUCUUAUUGAUGGAGGCAAAAUGAGUUUUUCGCUGGAUAAAAAGACGGGGAAGAAAUGUUUUAUGGUAGCAGCAAGGGGACUUGAAAUUGAAUGGGGUGGUACACCAGAGUAUUGGGAAUGGUUAUCUCAUCUGGACUCAAGAUUCGCGGAAGUGGCUAAACUCAAGAGGGUUUGUUGGCUUGAUAUUCGAGGCAAAAUUGAAACUCGAAGACUGUCGAAAAGAACCAAAUAUGUUGUUUAUCUAGUGUUCAAAUUGGAAAAUAAAUGGCAUGGCCUUGAAACUGCUAAUGCAGUCGUUAGAUUUGUUGAUUCUGUGAGUGACAUUGACGCAGAGCAACGAGCUAGUGUUGUACAUUUUGCAGGACAAGGACCUAAAGAGACGCUACCCUUUAGAAGAGGUGAUGGAUGGAUGGAAUUAAAAAUGGGAGAUUUUUUCAAUGAUGCAGGAGAAGACGGAGAUGUUGAUGCACGAUUAAUGGAGACUAAACAUCUCGGUGAAAAAAGUGGCCUCAUUGUUCAAGGAAUGGAGUUUCGUCCUGAAUGAAGAAGAGAAGAAUCCUUCUCUUACUAUGCCCUUUUGUUCAAUUAGUACUUUUAUAUAUGGCCUUUCUAAAGGAACGUAUUGAUCGAGAUGAUUGAAUUUGAUUAGAAAAUGCGCGUAAGUUGAAGAAAAAAGCUGAGGAGGCAGUUGCAGAACGCAGUUCGUCAGACAAAAAUAUGAAAGCAUUUGUGGAUGAACUGAAAAAAAUCCAUGCCAAGAAACAAGAAGAAAAUGUCUAGUCUUGUUUAACUACAUUCAUUUCAAGUGUAUAAUUCAAUCUAUGGGAUGUAAAUCGAG